AUUUUAGAAGUGUAACAACUAAUCUGGGACGGAGGGAGUAAUAAAACAAGUGGGGUUGAGUAGAUAUUUUAAUAAGAAAAACAAGUGGGGACCAUGUCAUUUUAGGGAGUGAAGGGUGAGGAGUAGAUAUAUUAUUUAAUUAGAUAGUGGGGUUGACAAGUUACUAAAAAUGGCAAAUAUAUAUCUUAAAUAAAUAUAACCGAAAAAGACAAGUGUAUCUCUUAAAUAAAUACAAAGGGAGUAUAUUUGCAAGCACAUAUAGAUAUGCAAAAAGUACUUCCUCACAUAGGACCGUGUCACCCAAAUUAUGAGUAGAAAGAAAUACUCAAAUCCCAAACCGAUGCCAUGUCAUGGAUGAGCAUUAUGCAGAAAAACGACAGAUCUGACAUAUAAAGCCAACUUGAAAUUUGCUUCCCACAUUUCUAGGAAACUUGAAGCAAUUCUAGAUCAUAUAAACACACAUAAUAUCACAUUGUCUACCAAUCUAACAACACUUUCCCUUGUAAUUAGUUAAUCACUGGGUUAAUUUUGAUCAUGAAAAUGGAUGGUGAAACUGAACAGCUCCAUGUAGUGUUGUUCCCAUUCAUGGCCCAUGGACACAUGAUCCCAACCCUGGACAUGGCUAGGCUCUUUGCUGCACGAGGUGUCAAGACAACCCUCAUCACCACCCCUCUCAACGCACCUACCUUUACCACAGCCAUUCAAAAGGGUAAAAACACAUCCAGACCCCCACUAAUCAAUAUCCAAGUGUUCAGGUUCCCAGCUCAGGAAGCUGGCCUACCUCAAGGUUGUGAGAAUCUGGAGCAAGCAUUAGGUCCUGGAGUUAUGGACCAAUUCUUUAAGGCUUCCGCUAUGCUAAAAGAGCAGCUCGAACAGUUCUUGGACAAGACUCGUCCAGACUGCCUUAUGGCUGGUAUGAUCUUCACUUGGGCAACUGAUUCUGCAUCAAAGUUUAACAUCCCCAGGCUUGUCUUCCAUGGGACUUGCUACUUUUCCCUUUGUGUAGGAGAAAUUCUUAGGCUGCACCAACCCUAUAAGAACGUCUCAUCAGAUCAGGAACCGGUCAACACGUUCCUUCUUCCUUCCCUCCCCCAUCAAAUACAUAUGACAAGACUGCAGCUCUCUGAGGAGUUAUGGAGUAACAAGGAAACGGAUUACAAAAAGCGGAGCAGUAAGGUCAAGGAAUCAGAGCUUGAGAGUUUCGGGGUUAUUGUCAACAGCUUUUAUGAGUUGGAACCAGAUUACGCUGAUUUUUUCAAGAAAGAUUUAGGAAGAAGGGCAUGGCAUAUAGGUCCUGUUUCAUUGUACAACAGAAGCAAUCAGGAAAAAGCUCAGAGAGGGAAAACAUCUUCAAUUGAUCAACACGAGUGCUUGAAAUGGCUUAACUCCAAGAAACCUGAUUCUGUAAUCUACAUCUGUUUUGGAAGUACAAUACACCUUAUACCUUCUCAGAUACAUCAAGUUUUAAUGGCUCUAGAAGCUACAGGACAAGAAUUCAUAUGGGUUGUGAGGAACGAGGAUGAUCUAGGAGGAUUCGAACAGAAAAUGACAGGAAAAGGUUUAAUUAUAAGAGGCUGGGCUCCUCAGAUGUUGAUCUUGGAGCAUGAAGCCAUAGGAGCCUUUGUAACUCAUUGUGGGUGGAAUUCGACACUCGAAGGGAUUGCAGCAGGUCUACCAAUGGUUACAUGGCCUAUGUUUGCCGAGCAAUUCUACAACGAGAAAUUAGUAACUGACAUUUUGAAGAUUGGGAUCCCUGUCGGAGCUAAGAAGUGGACCACCGUACCUUCUAUAGAGGAUGUCAUAAAGCAGAAUGCCAUUGAGAAAGCAUUAAGGGAAAUAAUGGAGGGAGAUGCAGCUGAGGAGAGACGAUGCAGAUCAAAAGAGUUCAAAAACAUGGCAUGGAAGGCUUUAGAAGAAGGUGGUUCUUCGUAUUCAGACUUAAGUGCAUUAAUACAUGAGUUGAGAGGUUUAUCCACCAAAAACCAUAACUAAUUCGUACGUAGUAAUCAUUCUAGGAUUUUUCCAUCCAUAGCCAUGACUUGAGUUUAUUUUUUAAAAUUGUAAUACUUGUACUUGGUAUUAUUUUUCAGGUUCAAUAACUAAAUCAAGCGUUACUAUUCGGUAUUACUAAAUGCUUAGUAUUUUCUACUCAUGCCUUUUUAUAUGUGACCCUCAGAGCUACAAUAAGUUGUUAGAAUAUGCUUUGAAUCAGUCAAGUCCCUUACUGCAAUGCCUCAUCACGUGGAUCUGUCUAGAGAGUACUAUAGUAACUCUUUAGGUCAUAUUAUAGUUGUAUUAUGUAACAUGUAUUAUUCAAGAUCAAUAAAACUUUUCUCUCCUUUGACUGUA